UCAUCAUCUGAUCGGAGAUAUCAUAUCAAAUCAUAUCAUAUCAUAUCUUGAAGCCACAACAACUCAGUAUCUUCCCACAUUUACCCUUCUUUCUUUCUUUCUUUCUUUCUUUCUUUCAGUUUCAAUGGGUCCAUUAUUGCCUUCUUAUUAUUCUUCUUUCCUCCUCCUCUUCUUUCUUCACGCACACUUAUGCUAUAAUAAUAAACACAAUACUCACCCUCCUCCUUCUUUUUCUUUCGUUCUUUCCUUUUUCUUUCUUCUUCUAUCUACUGUUACAAAAUUAAUAAAAAGGAGGAGGAAGCACAGUGUCUCUCUUGAGGAUUCUUUCUUCUUCUUCUUCUUCGUUUUUUUAUUAGUAAUCUCGAUAUUGAAGAGUUAAAGAUGAAAAGGGCUGCUGUUAAUUCCUCUCAAUUUUGUGGUUCUGUGAAGAAUUCCAAGUUGAGCAACAAAUACAAUGGUCUGUUGGAAGAUUAUUUAGAGAUACAGAAGGAGUAUGUUUCGAAGAAAAGGAAAUUGAAAGUCAAAAAGCAGAAGCGAGAUAUUCUUUUGGAAGAAGUUAGGUUUUUGAGGCAACGGCAUAGACAUUUAACAAAGUUACACACUGCUAAGGUUGAACAAGAUCAUGGUCCUUCUGCUGAUGUAAAUAUUCAUGAUGUGCCUGUUAGGACGAAGGAGAGUGUCGCUCAACAUGAGAAACAAAGAACUACAUUAAUGCAGACAAACAGAAGGGAAAAUGUCAAUGAGAAAAAGAAGCUUGUGACUAAAGCCCCAAGGAUGAUAGAGAAGCCACCUAAGAAAGUCAAAUUCAUUGAAGAGAAAAGUGGAAAGGAGAAAAUCUUGUGGCCAGAUGAGUUAGCUUUGAAGCUCUGAAUUCGUUGCUUUCAAUCAAGGAAGAAAAUAAACACACAUUUUUUGGUGAGGAGAAACCUCUCUUUUGGUGCAACAUCCUUUGAAUUGUUGGCUAGUGUAGGAUAGAUUUUUGGCAAACUUAGGUUGGAAAAACUUGGCCUGAGUAAAUUCAAAUUUUCUUUUAAUAUUUUUUGGAUCUUUAUCAGGAUCCUGUUAUAAGAAAUGUGAGUAGUUUGUUUCGGCCUUUUGGGAUUAGUUAUUGAUGAGGUCUAAAAUCACCUGAGACCAUUGAAACAGUAAUACAAAACUUUAGGUCUUUAUUUACAGAAUAAAUUUAGUUCAUGUUUUAUGAAACUUACAUGUA